AUGUUUGCUGUUCCGGGCUGGUCAGUCUCCGCCCAAACCCUCAAGGCUGAAACGGCCCAGCCUGAGAACGCACCAGCAGCCGCAAAGUCCAAGAAACGGAAGCGAGGUGGCGCAUCAGCGACAGAGACUGCUGUCACGCCAUCCAAUGUCGCCGAUCUCUAUGAAACCGUCUUCGAGGGCAAGAAGGACUCCAGUCACGUCAAGAAGGACAAGGCAGAUGCAAAGCGGCAGAAGAAAAAUUCUCAAGGAAAGGCUGAGAGUGCCAAGGCUGACUCUGAUGAUGUGACUGGGACGCCGGCGAAGAAACAGAAGAAGGGCGAGGCGGAUUCAGAGGUGAAGAACGGGGCCGUGCAAGAGAGCGAGAGGAAGAAGCAGAAGAAGCAGAGGAAGAAGCAAAAGGAAAAUGGCGUGGACAACCAAGCGUCGCGACAUCCGGCGGCCGAUGCCAAGGUAGAAUCAUCAGCAUCGACAGCCAAGCCGACGGCCGUGACAGCAGCACGACCAGCCACAGCGCCCAAGCCAGUCGCACUCACCGCUCUCCAGGCAUCAAUGAGGGAGAAGCUUGUCUCGGCUCGUUUUCGCUACCUCAACGAAACCCUCUACACCCAGCCGUCGGCGGAGGCCUUUGGCCUGUUCCAAGAAUCGCCCGAGAUGUUCGACGAGUACCACGAGGGCUUCCGCCGCCAGGUGAAGGUGUGGCCUGAGAACCCCGUCGAUAGCUUCCUCGGCGACAUCCGAGCGCGUGCAAAGGCCAAACCUCCCGCCAGAGGAAGACCGGGCGCGCCCCCGCUGCAGCGUUCCAAGGUUCCGCUGCCCCGCACCGCCGGUUCCUGCAUCAUCGCCGACCUGGGCUGCGGCGACGCGCGUCUUGCAGAAUCCCUCAAGGCCGACUCGUCCAAGUUGCGGGUGGAAAUCAAGAGCUUCGACCUGCAGAGUCCCAGCCCUCUCGUUAUCAAGGCCGACAUUGCCAAUCUGCCGCUCGAGGACGGCUCGGUCAACGUGGCCAUCUUCUGCCUCGCCCUCAUGGGAACCAACUGGAUCGACUUCAUCGAGGAAGCCUACCGCAUCCUUCACUGGAAGGGCGAGCUCUGGGUCGCCGAGAUCAAGUCGCGUUUCGGUCCCGUUCGCAACAAGAACGCGCCCGUCAACCAUAGCGUCGGCCACCGCAAGAAGGUCGCAGCCAAGAAGGGCAAGCCAGCUUCCGAGCAGCAAGCCGGACACGAGGAGGAUCUCACCGUCGAGGUGGACGGUGCGGAUGACCGCCGUCGCGCGACUGACGUGUCCGCAUUCGUAGACGCCCUGCAGAAGCGAGGCUUUGUCCUGCAGGGCGAGCGCGAGGAGGCUGUGGACAUGUCGAACAAGAUGUUUGUCAAAAUGCACUUCACCAAAGGCGCAUCUCCUACCAGAGGCAAGGGGGCCAAACCCCAGGAGGGUCUGGCCAAGGGCAAGAAGGGUUUCGCCCCCAAAUGGGACGAGGCCGGAGAAGACGAGACGUCGCAGGUCAACGAGGCUGCCAUCCUCAAGCCUUGCCUGUACAAAAUUCGAUGA